AUUAGAAACCGGUUUGUGAGCCCAGCCUCAGAAGAAGCCACUGGCGCUGAAGACUCUGGGGCCAUUGGAAGCACUGUCUGUACUUGGCUGGGUCUGGACCAUGUACUGAGCUGUUCAGCCUAUCCGCAGGCUUUUUUUUUUUCCACAUAAGAUGAUUCGAUUACAGGAGGCCAAGAUGCUACAGACUCUGCACCUAUCCCUGACCAAAAGCAUCCCUGAGGCGAUGAAGGCAUAUGGCUCCAUUUUCCACAUCAAUCGUAGAAACCCCUUCAACCUGGAGGUGCUAGUAGACUCCUGGCCAGACUAUCAGACUGUCAUCAUACGACCUCAGAAACAGGAGAUGACAGAUGACAAAGAUUACUACAAGAACACUUACUACAUCUUCUCCAAGGACCUUCAGAAGUUGCCAGAGAUCCUAGGAUCUGAUAGAGUUAUCAACUGGAGGCAAAGUCUAAUGAUUGAUCAAAGGUAAAAGCAUCAAGGUUGCCAAAUGGGUUUGAAUGAAAAGAUAAGAGAUAUUGUGUCUUCCAAGUCAGUCCAAGUGGAUUACUCCAAGAGGUUUCUCUACAUGAGAGAUGAUACUCUGAAAUCUAUUACCUCCAGCACAAGCAAGUUGAUGAAAUCACAUGAAGCAGCCAGUUCAGAAAAUGAGAGCUUCAGAAGUACAAAUGACAGCUUCAAAUUUUCUCUACUGGACGUUUCCCAUGCUGAACUUGUGAAUAACCACUGGAAAUUUGGGCAGAAUGAGAGGAGCCUGAGAUUUAUUAAACGCUGCCUCCAAAACUUCCCUGGAUACUGUAUCCUGAAUGCAGAAGGGAAUCUCAUCUGUUGGCUUGUAAUGGACCAAAGUAGUGAAUUGAGAAUGGGCUAUACCCUGCCUGAAUAUCAACAGAGGGGCUUUGCAAAGCAGGUGGGAAGAGCUUAUAUACAAUAUCUUCAGCAGAAUAAUAUGCCAUUUUAUGGCCACGUGGAGGAGAUGAAUGAGUAUUCCCACAAAACAGUAAAGUAUCUUGGUUUCCAUGUUGUUGAUUGUGGUUGGCAUGUAUGGAAAUGUGUGCCAAAUGAACUUCUUUAACUGUCACUUUUGUAACCCAUCUAACUGAAUUCCUAAGCUCUAUUCUUAACUCUUUGGGUGGCCAUGGAAUACAUCAUCCAUCACUGUAUACUAACAAUUAUUUGGAGAUAUGCAAUUUAUUCCUUCUUAAUAGUACAAUGGAUGAAGAUUGCAGGAAAAACACUAACAUUAGAAUGAGAAAGGCCUGGGUUUCGUUUUCUUUCUUUCUUUCUUUUCUUUUUUUGCAGGCAAUGAGGGUUAAGUGACUUGCCCAGGGUCACACAGCUAAUAAGUGUCAAGUGUCUGAGGCCAGAUUUGAACUCAGGUCCUCCUGAAUCCAGGGCCAGUGCUUUAUCCAUUGUGCCAUCUAGCUGCAUCCUGUCUGACUUGUUUCUAAUAAGAUGUGUGACCCUAGGCAAAUCCCUUCACCCUCAUUGGGUCCCAGUUCCUAACACUGUGAAAUAAAAGGUUUGGACUACUUAACUGACAAUGCUUGUUGUAGCUCUCACAUUCUAUACAUCUGCAAAGAUUUAUAUUGGCAGUAUGGAAUUAGUGUCAGGAGAUGGAGACAGCUGACUAACUUGUUGCAUUCUCAAAGCCAGAUUCCCUAAAUAGCUUUCCAAAAAAAUUCAUAGCUCUAAGCUAGAAAAUCUCUUAAACCUCUUUUAUAUAAACCCUGCCAUGUGAAAAACAAAGUUCUGUGAAUAUACUAUAAAGGAAGUAAGUCAUUUCUGAUUAAAGAGUUUGAGCUUUCAGGAUUGCAACAUCACUUUAUACUUUAUUGUUUCUAGUAAAUAUGAUUUAUGCCCAUUGUUCCAUUUAGAGACAUCUAGAGUGCCAGGCCUGGAGUCAGGAAGACUCAUCUUCCAGAGUUUAAAUCUGGCCUCAGACACUUAUUAGCAGUGUGACUCAGGCAAUUCACUUAACCUGUUUGCCCCAAUUUCCUCUUCUAUAAAAUGAGCUGGAGAAAAAAAGGGCAAACCACCCACUCUAGUAUCUUUACCAAGAGAAGCCCAAAGGGACAUGAUGGAAAUGACUAAAGAACAACAACAACACAUUGUUAAAUUCAUCAAGGAAUUCAGAAAGUUCAUUGACAUUUUGACAGCUUGACCACUCAAUACUCAAAUAUCCAAGUGGUUUGAUGAGGGAGCUCCUGCUCCCUCUAGCUUAGCCAGAUGAGUUCAUCAGGGUGCAGAUGCUGUUCAGGCUAGGACUUUCUAGAAGAUCCAGACUAAAGCUCCUGUAUGGGCAAGAUGCUGAGCUGGGAAGAUCUCCCUCAAAAUUGGCAGGGCUAUAACACCCUUCCCUUACCUUAUGGCAUAAGCACCAGAAGAGAUUCAAAGCUCCCUUUGUGGCAAAUACUGACUCCUUGCCACCUCUGUGUGUGAAGGCAUUGCCCCAUGAAAUGGAUAAUAAGAUAAAUCAGGCUCUCAAAUGCUUAGGACAGGAUGUCAGCUUUGCAUUCUGAAGGUCUGAUAGCUAAAGCAGUAGGACUCUCCUUGAAUCAAUAACAGAAUGGUAGCACUUGGAGUUCCUGUCAGAGAAUGUACUUGUUACUAGCUAAAAGUCUGCUCAAGAAAUGAUAGUGGGGGCAGAGCCAGGCUACAUUUAACCUAUGUUGUCUACUUUCUUAUACUCUGACAAGUUAAAGCAUUCAAAAGCAAAAUGUGCGUGGACCAUAAACAAUUUUUAACCAUGUCUCAGUUAAUUACAGAAAUGCAUUCACUCUGCUGUAAACCUUCAGAUUUUUGCACUUAGGAAAAUGGGAUUCUAUGGGUAGAAGGAGUCUUAGUGAUAAUCCAGUCCAAUCCCCUUAUUUUACACAGGAAAUGGACCCAAAGAGAAGUUACUUACCUAAAGCACCUAAAUUAAAAAAGGAAAAAGCCAAGAUUCAAAUCUAAGUCUUCUAACUAUAAAAAGAGGGCUCAAUUCAAUGUGGCACCAUUUCAACAUUAAAAGUAUUUCUCUGUCUUUUUAAAAGUCAUAGUAGAUGGGGCAGCUAGGAGGCACAGUGGAUAAAGCACCGGCCCAGGCUUCAGGAGGACCUGAGUUCAAAUGUGACCUCAGACACUUGACACUUAUUAGCUGUGUGACCCUGGGCAAGUUACUUAACCCUCAUUGCCCCACCCCACCCCCCCAAAAGUAUACCCUAAAAGUCAUAGUAGAAAAAUUUUCCAGUCUAUGCCACACAAUCACUCAAAUAAAGACAUAUGUAAUGAACCCUUUGAAUGAAGUGACAAGGGGAGGUUUGUCUUUAUACAAACUUGAAAUUUUGUUUGAAUAAAUCAUGAACUAUAUAAUAAAAAUUGCUCCCAUUUUUACCUUAGCUACCAGGACACUUACAAUCAAAUUCAGUACACAAUGACAGUAAUUAUGUCAUCUCAGAUCUUUUGUAAUACAUAUU